AUGAAUCACAGACGAACGAUGACCUGUCUCAACAAAUUCAACGACGAAGCCGUCGCCGUUGUCAUGAACAAUCACCAUCCCAUAGCCGUGGAACAGUUGCACGAAGCACUCGUGCACAUGAAAGGAAACAUGGCGGGUGCCUGCUGCCCUCAAUCACCGCUGACACCAAGACCCAAAUCCGCACGACCGCGAGCCGCACGGCAUCAUGCCACCCUGCCCCAUUACGUCAAAGAGCGAAGCAGCAAUCGGGAAAACAUGUUCCUGUAUCUCAAUGAACUCGUGUUGGAUGACACCACAGACCAGCAUCCAUCGACCUUUGCCAUAUACUGCGCUGUGACACUCUUUAACGUUGCUAUUUUGUACCACGUUGAAGGUUUGGCCAAAGGACGAAUGGCUCUCAUGGACAAGGCCCAUCAAAUGUACCAAGCCAGCCUUCACUUUUUGAAUGGCUUGGACCUUAACAAUGACACUGUGUUCCUAGUGAACCUUGCCAACCACAACAAUAUGGCUCAGAUUGAGCUGGAGAAGGGCAUGGUGGAUGCGCCAAAUGGCCGACUGGUUCAUUCCUUUUCUCUGCUCCAAAGCAUCAAGUCAAGGGCACUUGAUAUAUUGUCAGACACUGAACUUCGUGGAUUUUUGCUGAAUUCCUCACUGCAAGGCAAGAUCUCUUCCGCAGCCGCAGCGUAG